AAAUCGCGGUGUUGGCAUUCAUAAAAUUGGCACGAUAUAUCGUGAGUAGGCAAUUUGGCCUUGAGAGUAACUCCCGGCGGGCGAGGCUUGUGUGAGUUGUGAGGGCCCACUUUGUCGUCUUGGCUCUAGGCAGCAAUGUCGGAGGAAUUGAACGACGAGGUCGAGGCGAUCAAUUCGAUCUACGGGGACGGCUGCCUCGUCAGGUCGGACCAAGACCCGAACAUCUACAUCCUCAGUCUUCCCGACGAGACGUCGUCUCUCCAGCUGCAGUUCCCGGCGAUGUACCCGGAUGCGCCGCCCGCCGUGCUAGGGACUCACAGCUCCGGCGAACACGGGAGGCGCGGCGUCGCAGCCCGCGAUCUCGGCCUCUUCCGCGACGCCGUCGCAGCCGUCUACCAGCCCGGCCAAGUCUGUCUGUUCGACGCGGUCGAGAAGCUUAAGGAGCUUCUGGAGGAGGAGUCGGGCUUCGACGCAGGUCUUCAGCAAGCGGGAAAUGUAGAAGAGGAGAAUGGAGAUGAGGUCGAUGAUGUGCCCUCGCCCCCCACGCUCUCGAUCCAGGAACCUCCCUGGGUACUCUCAGACCCCGUCGUUGAAUUGAGGUCCACCUUCAUUGCCCGCUGCGCCGCCGUCUCCUCUCCCGACGAAGCCGCCCUCUUCGUCCAGCAUCUCCUGACCUCCGAUAAGAGGGUGCGCUCCGCCACUCACAACAUCACCGCCUGGCGCAUCAGGGGGCCCAACGGCACGUCCUUCCAGGAUUGUGACGACGACGGCGAGACCGCGGCAGGGGGGAGGCUGCUCCACCUGAUGCAGCUAAUGGAACUCUGGGACACCAUGGUCGUCGUCACUCGUUGGUACGGCGGGCAGAAACUCGGCCCCCGCCGGUUUGCUCUAAUCAAUACCGCUGCCCGAGACGCCUUUGUGAAGGCCGGACUGGUGACGGAACCCGCCACGAAGAAGAAAGGCCAUGGCAAGAGUUGAUUCGACUGGGGCUUUGUUCCAAGAUUCAUCACUCAAUAUGGUAUCUGCCUCGCCGCAGAAGUACCGGGUCCCUCAUCCACUCGAGAAAGCUCCAUUGCUCGCCUCUGGCUGGUUGGGUAUCUAGUAUCAAAAAACAUCUGGCCGCCAUUGUCAAACGCC